GGCGGGAUUUGAGACACUGUGGAGACAUGCACCAAUUGAGAGCUCAUGGUUUUGUUCUGCAAAAUCAAUCCUUUACCAACAAUUCCUUCUCUUACAGGAAAUAUUAAGAAAACAAAAGCUACACCAAAUUGGGACUGUUCUUGAGAGGCUGGUACUGAAGCUAUGAGACUUCAUGAGAGCUUGAGUCCUUUCGUUUAUGUUCUUGUACUGUCUUGCUUCCUCUUGAGCGUGUCUCUGGCUCAGGAAAGAACAUUCUUUUCCGGCAAGCUCAAUGAUUCCGAGACGAUAGUCUCCAGCUUUAGCACGUUCAGGUUCGGUUUCUUCAGCCCUGUUAAUUCCACUAGUCGAUAUGCUGGUAUAUGGUAUAACAGUAUAUCUGUACAAACUGUGAUAUGGGUUGCCAACAAAGAUAAACCGACUAAUGACUCCUCUGGAGUUAUUUCAGUAUCUGAAGAUGGAAAUCUCGUAGUUACUGAUGGUCAGAGGCGUGUUCUAUGGUCAACUAACAUCUCUACUCAAGCUCAUGCCAAUUCUACUGUCGCUGAGCUUCUGGAUUCCGGGAAUCUCGUGCUAAAGGAGGCGAGUAGUGAUGCAUAUCUUUGGGAGAGCUUCAAGUAUCCUACUGAUUCUUGGUUGCCAAAUAUGUUGGUUGGGACAAACGCAAGAACCGGAGGAGGAAACGUCACGAUAACUUCUUGGAAAAACCCUUCGGAUCCUUCGCCAGGGAGCUACACUGCUGCACUCGUUCUUGCUGCAUAUCCAGAGCUCUUCAUUAUGAAUAAUAAUAAUAAUAACAGUACGGUGUGGCGAAGUGGCCCGUGGAAUGGCCAGAUGUUUAAUGGUUUGCCAGAUGUAUAUGCGGGCGUUUUUCUUUAUAGAUUCAUAGUUAAUGAUGACACCAAUGGAUCUGUCACCAUGUCAUAUGCUAAUGAUUCAACUUUGAGAUACUUCUACAUGGAUUAUAGAGGAUCCGUGAUCCGAAGAGAUUGGAGUGAGGCUAGGAGAAACUGGACGGUCGGGUUACAAGUUCCGGCAACCGAGUGUGACAUCUACAGGCGAUGUGGAGAAUUCGCUACCUGCAAUCCUCGGAAAAACCCGCCUUGUUCUUGCAUUAGAGGGUUUAGGCCAAGGAACCUUAUAGAGUGGAACAAUGGAAACUGGAGUGGUGGAUGCACAAGAAGGGUCCCUUUGCAGUGUGAAAGACAGAACAAUAAUGGGAGUGCUGAUGGGUUUUUGAGGCUGCGGCGAAUGAAAUUGCCUGACUUUGCCAGAAGAUCCGAAGCAAGCGAACCAGAAUGCUUAAGGACUUGUUUGCAGACAUGUUCUUGUAUAGCUGCUGCUCAUGGCUUAGGAUAUGGCUGCAUGAUUUGGAAUGGAAGCUUAGUUGAUUCGCAGGAGUUGUCUGCUAGUGGAUUGGAUCUUUAUAUCCGUCUUGCACAUUCAGAAAUCAAAACAAAGGACAGGCGACCAAUUUUGAUCGGUACAUCAUUGGCAGGCGGUAUUUUUGUUGUGGCAGCUUGUGUUCUUCUGGCACGACAGAUUGUCAUGAAGAAAAGAGCAAAAAAGAAAGGAAGAGAUGCAGAGCAGAUUUUUGAGAGAGUGGAAGCUUUAGCUGGUGGUAAUAAAGGAAAGUUGAAAGAGCUACCAUUGUUUGAGUUUCAAGUGCUAGCAGAAGCAACUAAUAAUUUCUCUCUCAGAAAUAAGCUUGGACAAGGUGGCUUUGGUCCUGUUUACAAGGGGAAGUUGAAAGAGGGGCAAGAGAUUGCUGUGAAGAGGCUGUCACGAGCAUCAGGGCAAGGGCUUGAGGAACUUGUUAAUGAAGUGGUUGUGAUUUCUAAGUUGCAACAUCGGAAUCUGGUGAAAUUACUUGGUUGCUGCAUUGCAGGAGAAGAGAGGAUGUUAGUCUAUGAGUUCAUGCCCAAGAAAAGCUUAGACUAUUAUCUCUUUGACUCAAGGAGGGCAAAACUUCUUGAUUGGAAGACGCGGUUUAACAUAAUCAAUGGAAUAUGUAGAGGGCUUCUGUACCUUCACAGAGAUUCUAGGCUGAGAAUCAUUCAUAGAGAUCUGAAAGCUAGCAACAUCUUGUUAGAUGAGAAUCUGAUUCCGAAAAUAUCUGAUUUUGGGUUGGCUAGGAUUUUCCCAGGGAAUGAAGGUGAAGCAAACACCCGAAGGGUCGUUGGAACAUACGGUUAUAUGGCACCUGAAUAUGCAAUGGGAGGACUGUUUUCAGAGAAAUCUGAUGUUUUCAGCUUAGGAGUGAUACUCUUAGAGAUUAUCAGUGGAAGAAGAAACUCAAAUUCGACUCUUUUAGCUUAUGUAUGGUCAAUCUGGAACGAAGGGGAGAUUAAUGGUCUGGUAGAUCCUGAGAUUUUUGACCACCUCUUUGAGAAAGAAAUACACAAAUGCAUUCACAUUGGGCUUUUGUGUGUGCAAGAAGCUGCUAAUGAUAGGCCGAGUGUUUCUACAGUGUGUUCGAUGCUCAGCAGCGAGAUUGCAGACAUUCCAGAACCAAAACAGCCUGCUUUUAUAUCAAGGAACAAUGUUCCAGAAGCUGAGUCCGCUGAGAACAGUGACCCUAAAGACUCUAUCAACAAUGUCACCAUCACCGAUGUUACAGGACGUUAGAACCAGAGCCAAAAUGUAUGUGUAAUUCGUGAAACUCUUAAGCAUUCCCAGAGUAUAAUAUAUCAUCUAUCUUAUAUAGAUGUUUAUGUCUUA